CCUAGACCAAGCUGAAUCUUCCAGAUGCGCCGCCGGCACCUGUGGCAUCCUGUGGCCUUGCAGAAGAGGUCGGCAUGGCCGGCAGUUCGAGUGAUUGGGAGGCCGAAAUCGAGCUCAGAGUGAAGAGUGGAUGGCUUUCCAAAGAAGAAGGCCACCGUUUGAAGACUCUGCUGAAGAUGGGCGAGACACCGGAUCGAAUAGUGACCAAAGAGUCUGAACACUGGACUCACUCAUCGAAUGUGAUGCUGAAGGACAUUCUUCUACACAAAGAAAUGCCAACUCCAUUCACAAAGUUUCUAGCAGCCAUUGGGGUGAAAUGGAUCCGGCAGAAGAUCAAAGAGCACGAUCUUCGUCGUGCGGAUCCUGAAUAUCAAAAUCGCUUUCCGUUUCUGGAUGCCUUGGUGCACUCGGACCGUUUUGAAUCAGCUAUGGGAAGCAUCAUGUUGGCGAAUGCCAUCAUGAUUGGAUUUCAAGUCUCGGCGGGUGAAGGAGAGAAAGAUGCUGAAACACUCUACACCGUGCUGGAUUUCUUUUUUACAUUUGCAUUUGUGCUCGAACUCUUUGUCCGUGCUUUGCCCGAGGGCUGGCGGUGGUGGUGCAAACUGAGCAACAUUUUUGACGUCAUCAUUGUGCUUGCCACCAAUGUCAUACCCGUUUGGGUCUUUCUGCCGAUGGGUAUUGACAAUGCCGUUGUCAGACCCUUCGCAGUCCUGAGACUUUUUCGGGUGGUGAAGCUGGGCCGAUUGAUUCGAAAAUAUCGGCGCUUGAAGAUUCUGUGGAACCUCUUCCAGGGAUUGAUCGGCAGUGGUCGUAUUCUCAUCUACACCCUGCUGAUGAUGGGUACAACUUUGUUCAUCUUCGCGGUGUUUGCAGUGGUGCUCAUCACCAAGAAUGACAUUACGAAGGAUCACCCACUGGUGCUGCUCUACUUCCCAUCCGUUCCUGAGGCAUUUUUCACGCUGUUCCAGAUUGUGACCUUGGAUAGCUGGACGGGUAUCUCCCGACCACUGGGAGAAACGAGCCCUCUUGCCGGAAUUAUCAUUGUCACCACCGUUCUGAUUGUUGAGCUUUGUCUUAUGAACUUGGUGACGGCCACCAUUGUGAACGCUGCUUUCGAGAGACAAGCCGCAGAUCACGAGAUGGUGGCACGCGAGAAGAAGGAGAAAAAUGACAAGUUGAUUGAAGACAUUCGGAAUCUCUUUGGCGAGAUGGACAAGAGAGGGACAGGAAAGCUAACUUACGAUGAAUACAUGGAAGCAGUGGAGGCCAACGAUGUGAUUAAAACCAAGUUUGUGACCCUGGAAAUCGAGCAUGCUGAAGAACUUUGGAAUCUCAUUGACGUGGGCACUGGGGAGAUUGCUGUAAAUCAAUUUGCACAAGGCUUGCGCAUCAUCUCGGAGGAGACGAAGGCCAAAGAUCUCUUUGCGAUCAAUCGACGGGUUGGCAAUGCUGCCCAUCGCUUGGAGAUGUGCGUUGAGGAGAUGAAUCGAAACGUACGGCAAGUGCAAAGAUUUGAGCAAGACAUCGCUGCCAUAACUCAACAGCUCACCCUGGCCACACGUGCUAUGGUGAAUCUGAUGCACGGCUGCGCAAGGUGUAUUCCAGCAGGUCAAGUUCUGAUCACGGAGAAGCAAGUGUUGAAGAGCCAGGAAAAACUCCUGGAAAAUGUUCGACCACUGCUUGGCAAAAAUGUUGGACAGGUAGCUCGACUCCACAGACGUCGCAGCAGACGAGGGAAGAAGCACUUCGAUGAUGAUGAUGAAAUUGAGGAAAUCGAGGAAAUCGAGUAGGGCCACAAAUUUGGAUGAGGGAAGGGGUGAGAAGAGUGCAUUGAAGAAUCCAGAGUUUUGAUCCUGAAUUAUAUAUACAUCUUGUUUGAUCUUAAUCCAAGUCCAAACGGUUUGUAC